GAGAGAGAAAGGUUUCUUUUUCUUCGUCCCCUCCUCCUCUUCUCCCUCCCCGCAGGUUUUUAAAUUCCCCCUCAGGCGCCGUUAAGGGCGGCGAGCAAGACGCCUCGAGGGGCAGUGAAGGGACACACUAGAUCGGCCAACGACGCCGUCGCCUUAAGAAGCCGGCGGAUGUGACGUCAAAGCCAACGGUUCCAUGCGAAGGGGAAAACCGUGAAGUUGCAACUUCCGCCUGGUCCUAGAGCGUCGCCUCUUCCUUUCGAGGCCGGAGAGGAGGGGGCCCCCUGGACUAGACAAAGGCUCCCUUUAAGCCUUCAUUGAAAGAAACCGGAAAAGGAAAUCCAGAGCGUCCAAGUGGGAAUGAGAGCGGCGGUUGGGGCCGGGCUUCCGGGGCCUUCGGCGCCAUGUCCUAUGCCUACCUUUUCAAAUACGUUAUCAUCGGGGACACCGUUCCAGCAUCAAAAUUCUACCUUCAUCAUCUGCAUAUCUUAAGUGUCGGGAAAUCAUGCCUCUUGCUACAGUUCACAGAUAAACGGUUUGUAGCUGUUCAUGACUUGACAAUCGGUGUCGAAUUCGGGGCACGGAUGAUUACCAUUGAAAACAAAAAGAUCAAACUGCAGAUUUGGGAUACGGCUGGCCAGGAAUCCUUCCGUUCGAUCACCCGCUCGUAUUACCGAGGAACAGCCGGGGCGCUCUUGGUCUAUGACAUCACCAGGCGGGAGACUUUCAACCAUUUGUAUGCCUGGUUAGAAGACGCUCGGCAGCAUUCCAGUCCCCACAUGGUCAUCAUGUUGAUUGGCAAUAAAAGUGACAUGGAGCACCGGCGGGUUGUGCAGAAAGAAGAAGGGGAGGCUUUCGCCCGGGAACAUGGCAUGGUUUUUAUGGAGACAUCAGCAAAGACAGCAGCCAACGUGGAAGAGGCCUUUCUCAACACAGCUAAAGCCAUCUACAGAAAGAUCCAGCAGGGUGAACUUGACAUUUCCAAUGAGGGAAAUGGGAUCAGGAUUGGCUCUAAACAACCAGCAGUUAUUCCGGGUGGAUCACCCCUCCGCCCGGGACCGCAAGGCUCUGGGGAUCGAUCGGGUUGUUGCUAAGUUUGCUUGAAAUCCUGGCUGGCCCACUGAGGCUGGGAACGAACGGAGGAUGGUGCCUUUUUUUUUUUGUUUUUUUUCUUAUUCAAAUAGAAUUGGGGGAGGCAAGGAUUUUCCAGUCCAGUUUUCCUUUCCCCCCUUUUUAUAUGAAUUUGGGGCUAACCUGAAUCUAAUCUGUGGCUGGGGGCUACCUUGUCCCUUUCCAAAAAUUUCCCCAUCAGGGUUGACCGGUCUUUCAUCUAGAAGAAAAGGUAUUUAUUUCCUCUCCUCCAAUCUGGCUUUAUGUCAGCAGUGACUUUUCUCCCCACCGUUGAAAAUUUCCCUCCCUUGGACUCAUUAAAUUUGGGGGGAACUUCCAGGUCGCCAUACCCAAUUUUAAUAUUCAGCUGGGAUGUACGCUUUCUCCGCUUCCUAUUAAAAGUUUUCCCAUUUGCUUU